GCGUACGCAAAGACAUAUCCCAGCUGUAUCGUUGCUGUACAUAUACCUUGCGCCAUUACUGAUUUACUGGGUUAUAUAUAUUAUAUAUAUAUAGUCACACCAUUACUUGGGUGUAUACAUAUUCACGCAGACUGUCGAGGUGUGGGUAUAAGCAUACGAAUAUUGAAACUUUUUAUUUACAUCACAGAGUAGCGUUGCAUUUGCCUUUGACCUCAGAAUUGGUAUCUAAUUGCGAACUUCUAAUGCGGAUUGCUGUCAUUGACGAACACACUAUGACGACAUCGAAGACUACCGUAAAGGCGAAGUGGAACGAUGACCUGCGUCGCUUCACACAACCAACAGCCGACUUGACUUACGCAUACCUGCUAGCACGCAUUAGUGAGCUGUUCGUUAUCCCCGUGUCUCAAAUUAAACUGACCUAUGUGGACUCGGACUUGGACGCCAUCUCAAUCUGCUGCGAGAAAGACGUGCUGGAGGUGAUCAAGGCUUCCAAAGGUGAGUCGCCCCUGCGGUUAAACGUAUCUUCUGUGCCCAUCGACGGUGAGCCGAACGAAUCCGAAGAUGACGAAGCAUGGACUCUGAUGGGAACCGGCACACCCCCAACGAAUGAGGAGUCUCCGGUGGGAAGACCAGAGUCGCCAGUACUACAGACCCCCUCCUUUCACGAGAUGCAUGCCGACAGUUUCCCGGCAGAGUUGGACAACACUCCGCCACAAUCCGAUGGGCCAGGGCCUGCGGUGGCCGAAAGCAAUGAGGGUUCGGAAUCCCUGCCCGCUCUGCUUGAUUCUAGAGAAAUCCCGAGACGCCCACGGCAAUGCAUCGACUCAGACGCAGACUCGCCCGUUGUCCAGCGACAGGCCAGGUCGGUGUCGAACAUCUACCCGGAUCUCGAUGGUACCUCGAGUGUGGCUACCAAACAGGUUACUACCAGCAUCUACGAAGACGCCGUCUGUACUGGGUCGAGUCUCACGCCGUCCCCGACCCAUAGCAGUGGUCUGUACCCUGAUGCCAACGAGCCAUACACCGCAGAGGCCAGUUCCAGCUCCGCCUCAUCCACACCCCCGGGUGCCAGUGGUACGGGCACGGGUGCAGGGGACACCCCGGUUGACCUGUGUAGUAGCGGGAGUGAGUGUGCGCGUGGUACGAAGGAUGCAGGGUUGGGGCUGGUGACACAGACUAAGAUAUCAGCAGAGCCCGAGGCUGUAGAGACCGCAGCGGCUGCCGCAGCGACCACCGGGACCGGGUGGGACUGGGCCGACCCAUUCCGCACUGUGGCCUCGACUGUAAGUCGGGACGCCAGCGCACCCAAACCCUCUUCGAGCAGGACCGAUAAUGCCCCGUUUCCAGAGAGUACCGAACCCAUAUCGCCGCAACCACACGACUCGCCUGUAGCCGCAACGCAACUACCGUCACCGCUGGUGUUGCGGUGCGAGGACUUUGAGGGACAGGCACAGUCACAGUUGGAAGAUGAGGGUACAUCCCAACUGUCCCCGGCGUUGGGGAGCACUGGGGACAGCUACACACAUGUGCUGUCGGACUCGGAGAGAAGCCCCUCGCCAUCAACUAGCUUCACCAGUAUCGCACCACGGUUGCCUAGCAACCCGGCGGCCAGCUCAUCCCGGACGCCCACGUCACCCCCUGUCGCCACUGUGGCACAGAACAUAGGACUGUACCCUCCAGUAGACAACCAUGCAGUCACCGGGUGCACAAAUACUGACACAUCCAAGGUGGAGGAGAAUGCAGGUGCCAGUGUAUAUCCCGACUACUCCUUCAGCGGAGUUGCGGCAGAUACGGAUCUCGAUGCAGUCGCGAGUGAAGCUCAUGCGGCAGCUGAUAGUGUGGUACUUGCGCCAGGUGCUGUUGAGAAUGAGAGUGAGGGUGAGAGCCACGCCGAUGUCGCUGGGGCUGUGCCGGCUGCAGUGGGUGCCGAUACGAAUAACAUACCUCAGGUUACAUGGAUGGAGCACGUGGUCAAUGAGGGGCACUUUCACCGUCUUAUCCUACAGACUCGCUUAGAACACGAAUACAACCAGAAGCUGAGACCCACAGUAUGGAUUAUUGCAAGGGCCGUGGCGGACAAGAUGCGCGCAGCAGGAACCUACACCGAGGCACAAUUGCAGGUAGAUAUACGUACUUGCAGGUAG